CAUCGGGCAGGGCACUCCGGGCAGGGGGAUCAGGCAAACAUCGGGAUUACCAGGGCGAAGCAGCAGGCAGCAGGCCACCGGGCGGGGCAGCAGGCACCGGGCCCCCGGGCGGGGCGACAGGCGUCGGGCCCCCAGGCGGAGCGACAGGUCUCGGGCCCUCAGGCGGAGCGGCGGGCGCCGGACCCCCAACAGGUGGAGCGACAGGUCUCGGGCCCUCAAGGCGGAGCCGGCGGGCGCCGGACCCCCAGGUGGAGAGACAGGUCUUGGGCCCCCAGGCGGAGCGGCGGGCGCCGGACCCCCAGGUGGAGCGACAGGUCUCGGGCCCCCAGACGAAGCGGACGGGCACCGAGUCACCAGGCACGACAGUGGGCACCGAGUCGUCUGGCAAGACUGGGGGCACCGAGUCAACUGGCAGGAACAGCGGUGGCAUCGAGUCAACUGGCGGAACUGCCGGCACCGAGUCGUCUGGCAAGACUGCGGGCACCGAGUCGUCUGGCAAGAACUGCGGGCAUCGAGUCAACUGGCGGAACAGCGGGCAAUGGACGAGUCAUCUGGCAAGACUGCGGGCAC